AGCAGAAGCCGGGCGCAAGCGGACUGAGCGCGGCGCGGGCGGGGAUGUGCGCCCUCCUGCAGCCCCCGCUCCCAGGCCUGGGAGCGGUGUGGCCCCAUGGCAGGUAGCGGCGGUCUGGGAGGCGGGGCAGGAGGCAGCCAGGGCGCCGGGGGCGGGCCCGGGGCCGCGCUUCGGGCGCCCCGUGCGCCUCUGCUGUUCGCCGCUCUGGUGCUCGGAGCCUACUGCCUUUGCGCCCUCCCCGGCCGCUGCCCGCCGGCCGGCCGCAUCCCCGCGCCGGCCCCCGCGCCCGCCGAGCCGCCCCUCGCAGCCCGCAGCCCCGGGACGUCCGGCCUGCCGGUGGCCAGUGGCUCGGGCCGCCGGCGCUUCCCGCAGGCGCUUAUCGUGGGCGUGAAGAAGGGCGGCACGCGCGCCCUGCUGGAGUUUCUGCGGCUGCACCCCGACGUCCGCGCACUCGGCUCGGAGCCCCACUUCUUCGACAGGUGCUACGAGCGCGGCCUCGCCUGGUACCGGAGCCUGAUGCCCCGCACCCUGGAUGGGCAGAUCACCAUGGAGAAGACCCCCAGCUAUUUCGUGACCCGGGAGGCCCCACGCCGCAUCCACGGCAUGUCCCCGGCCACGAAGCUGAUCGUGGUCGUGCGGAACCCCGUGACCCGGGCCAUCUCUGACUAUGCGCAAAUGCUCUCCAAGACACCGGGCCUGCCCAGCUUCGGCACCCUGGCCUUCCGCCGAGGCCUGGGCCCCGUGGACACGGCCUGGAGCGCCGUGCGCAUUGGCCUGUACGCCCAGCACCUGGACAACUGGCUGCGUUACUUCCCGCUGUCCCGCUUCCUCUUUGUCAGCGGUGAGCGCCUGGUCAGCGACCCAGCUGGGGAGCUGGGCCAUGUGCAGGACUUCCUGGGUCUCAAGCGGGUCGUCACAGACAAGCACUUCUACUUCAACGCCACCAAGGGCUUCCCCUGCCUCAAGAAGGCCCAGGGCAGCGGCCGUCCCCGCUGCCUGGGCAAGUCCAAGGGCCGGCCCCACCCGCGUGUGCCCGAGGCCAUGGUCCAGCGCCUGCGGGCCUUCUACCGGCCCUUUAACCGCAAGUUCUACCAAAUGACCGGCCAGGACUUCGGCUGGGACUAAUGGGGUUGGGGAACCCACGCCCUGCCUGGGGAUGCUCAGUGACCUUAAUUUAUGCCUGUCACCCAGCCGGAGCGGGCCCUGUACACAGGGCUGGGCAGAGAGAAAUAUUUACAAAAUAAAGUUUGGAUCUGUGUUCUUCUACGUGCCCUUGAGGGUUGGAGGGUGGGGUUGGAGGUGCCACCUCCUGCGGGGAUGAUAAUCCUACCAGCUAACAUUACUGGGCACUGUUCAUGCUGGGAGUGGUUAAAAACCCGAUCCUUGUCUAUCCCUCGAGGUGGGCAGUGAACUUGGCCACCUGUCACAAGUGAGCAACUUAGGCUCAGAGAGGUUUGGGGCCUGCUCGGUGACAUACAGCUCAGCCCUGGUGAUUCUGGAGACCACCCUCAGGCUCUCUUCUCAGCCCUGGGAUGCCAAGCUGGGUUGUCCUGUAUUCCGAAUGGGGAAACUGAGGGCCCAGGUUGCUUGAGUGGUGGGGCAGGAUUAAAGCUGGGUCUGUCCGGUUCUUCAGGCUGCACCCAUGACCUCAGCUAAUUCUGUGUCCCUGUGUCCACUGGACACUCCCUCCUGGAAACCCGGUGGAAUCUCUGGACAGCGGGUAUGAGGUG